AUGUCAAUUCAUUUUAAUACAAUUUAUUCUAGAGUCUCUCAUCUAGUUGACAUUGCACAUCUUGAAUUGACUGAAGCAGAAACUUUAUUAUCGAAAUUAAGAAAGCAUCCUUCUUGUCGUUCAUUAAGGUUACUUCAAUUUAAAGAUAGAUUUACAUUUUUAUGUAACAUACAUAGACUUGAACAGCAUUUAAAAUCAACUAUUCAUCAUCCAUCUCAGUUCAUUUUUAUUGCUGUUGAAGGAAAAGAACCACUUAGAUUGAAUCAACCACCCAUUCAUUUAAUUGAUUGGUUAAAAAAUAAACUACUUGAGUCAAGAUUGAUAAAAGAUGAUAGUAAAAGAGUCACAUAUUAUUCACCUAUCGUACCUCCUUUUAUGGUAGCGCUUACUGGCUGGGCUCUUGAAUAUCCUAUCAUUUAUACAACCCAUUUAGAAACAGAUGACCCAGAGAUAGAAUUAGAUGAAUGGGAACCAAGGUCAAAUUGUCUUGGUAAUCAACGUACCUUGAAUCUGAUUCAAGUCUACUUGAAGGACCAUAUGUUAUUUAGUUUUUCUUAUCCUUCUUCUCUUCUUCAACGACAACAACAAGACGACGACGACGACGACGAAGACAGUAAUAGAAGAUUGGAAUCAGAUUUAAAACUCAAAAUUAAUCAUCGAUUGGAUGAGAUUCAAUCUGUUCCUGAUUGGCUGAAACACGUGCGUUGUGACAUAAAAAGAGAGCAAGUUCAAUUAGAUAGAUUUGCUCUUUAA